AUGUCUGCAAAAGCACCUCAAGUCCUAUCUCGUAGGACGAACGGCCAGGCCAACGCCGCCAGCCAAGGAAACGAGCCAAGCAAAGGCAAGGGUGGCCGGGAAGGCGGCAAUUCUAGGCCAAAGAAACGUCGUGGUCAAGGAGAUAAGAAGUGCGAUAAUGCAAAGGGGCGGGAAGCGGAGGCACCCAGAGCACCACGCCAGAGGCAACAGAAUGAUGGAGCAAAGCUCAUCCUUCGACGACUGCCCCCUGGUAUGACGGAGGCUGAAUGCGUCGCUAUUCUAGGCGAUAGAUGGAUCGUCGGCAAAGGCAAAGUCGAUUGGUCCUCCUUCAUUCCGGGAAAGAUCUCUACUGAUCCAUCCAAGCCUUCACGGCCUGCCAGAGCGUAUAUUCAUCUCAUAAAAAAAGAUGACAUGCUGGCCUUGAGUGAGACUGUGAUAGCUGCGACGUGGGAGGACGCUAAGAACAGCUUCACAAGCCCAGCACUUGUUGGACCACCGUCUCUGGAACUAUCUGCCUACAAGAAGGUACCCAACAACAAGAAGCGCACUGACGCUCGCCAAGGAACAAUAGAUCAAGAUCCCGAAUUCAUGGCCUUUCUCGAGGGGCUUGCAAAUCCAGUGCCACUACGAGACAGUGCUGAUCUGGACGACGAUGAUGCUAACAAGGGCGAAAACAAGGUUACUACCACUCCACUGGUUGAAUACUUGAAAGAGAAAAAGGCCAACAAGUCGAAAGACUCAAGUGCCGGCAAGAAACGCGGCGAGACGAAGAGUAAAGGCUCCAAGGAGGACGAGCCCUCCAAGAAAAAGGGUCGAGAAUCAAGAGCUGAGAAAACUGAAAAGGUGGAGAAGAGCUCAACAACGACAGUCAAGAUCCUGACAAAGAAAGCCGCGACCGAACAAGCAGCGGAUGCUGCAAAGAAUGCCGCUAAAGCAAUCAAUGCAGCUGCUGCUCAAGACGCGCCAAAGAGUAGACGUGCCGGAAUUGCUUCUGCGGCUCGUAUCCUCCAGCGUGACUUGGGUCUCCGUCCCGGAUCUGCGCAUCGCCGAGCGCGACAAGAUGCAGCUAAGGCCGAUGCCAAAGCCAAGGAGGCGAGUCAGGUUGAGGAGGUUCCGGGUACAAGUCAAUCAACAGAGCCCGCGACCACACAGGAGGGCAGAGCUAAAACCAACGGUCCGACUGGAAAGUCCCAGCCUGGAAGAAAGGGGAGAGACGGUAGAAACGGAGUCAAGACUGCCGCAGUGGCGGAAGCCGCGCCGCAACCUUCAGCAACCAAUCCACCUGUGAUUCUUAAGAAGAAAGAAGGCCAAGCAAAUGCACCGAACAACUCAGCCAGUGCCGCCACAGGGCCAAGCAGUCACCAGAAUGCGACGACGAAACCAGCAGCGGAGAAGAAUUCAAAACCUGCAGCAGCCACAAAUAGCAAGUCGGGCCAAGCCCAAAAGAAGUCACCGUCGGUAACUCCAGGUGCUACGAAAGCAUUCAUCAAGCAUGCCGUACACUCUCAAGGAGUAACUGAGGCCGCAUUGAGGCAAGCUUUGGAGUCGCUCGGAGCCAUUACUGCCAUAGAAAUGGACAAGCGCAAAGGAUUCGCCUAUGUCGAUUUUGGUGAUCAUGAUGGACUUGUAAAAGCGAUAGCUGCAAGCCCUUUGGCUGUCGCACAAGGGUCAGUGCAGAUCCUAGAACGCAAAGACAAGAAAAUGGCAGCCACUGGUUCUGCUACAGUAGCGGGUACCGCAACAACAUCUGCGGCAGCGGAUCUGGACAAGGCGAAAGACGGCGAGAAAGAGAAAGAUAAAGGAACAGAGGCAAGACGCGGACGCCGCGGCCGUGGUGGUAGGGGAAACAACGGAGGGGGUGCCGCAAAUGCACAAGCGGCUAAUGCGCCGGGUGCUCAAGCAGCACCAAAGAAUGGUCCGUCGGCAACUUCGGGCUGA